UGUGCGCUCUGAGGGAAUCAGGAUGACUGGUCCUCUGGUUCUGUGCUGCCUCCUCCUCUCUGCUUACUCUCUCCCUCUGGCAGCUGGUUAUUUAAAUGUCUCCAUUGAGCCUCUUCUUCCUGUCGUGAUUGGCGACACAGUCACACUGAAGUGCAACUUCCAAACAGACGGAAACCUCCGAGAGAUCGUGUGGUUUCGGGUGAGCUCACAGGUGAUUGAUGGAGGCAAUGCCAGACAGAAGAUUUUCACUUAUGAUGCCAUGUUUAACAGCAGCUUCUCCAACAUGGAGGACAAACGCAGACGGGAGGACCUGCUCUAUCAGUCCACCGUGCGGCUUCCUGAAGUCCAGAUGGCAGAUGAUGGCCUCUAUGAGUGCCAUGUGGGGAUUUAUGACAGGAGCUCCACAGGCAAAGUGAUUCUAGCCUCCGCCAGCAUCACCCUCACUGUCAUCGUACCUCCCAAGUCCAUCUCUGUAGUGGCAGCCAACAGCCCAGCUGCUUUCAGCCGCUACGAGGCCCAGAACUUUACUCUGGUUUGCAUUGUGACCGGAGCGAGGCCCCCUCCCACGGUGUACUUCAAGCGGGAUGGUGAGCUUAUUGAUGUGGUACCAACUGGUCACCCUUUCUCCUCAGUGACAGACCGAGGUAGGGGCCCCGGUCUCGGAAAGAGGAGUCACGUGGGGCAUUGGAGAUCUGGGGGCCUCACCAGUCGAGACCUUGAUGAAACCAAACUCCAGAAGUCCCUGUCCCUUCUGAAACAAGAGGGCAAACUGUCUCGGCUCGGCCAAGACGGCCCCGAAAAGGGCCUAGAGCAACCGUCCGAGUCGGGUCCCGAGUCGGGUCCCGAGUCCACCACUGAGGUGAUCCCCGAGACGGUAGUGAGCCGGGAGUUUCCUCGCUGGGUCCAAAGCAGCGAUCCACUCUACUACUUCCAGCUCCGGCAGCAGGCAGCAGGUGAUGGUACCAUGGAGGUGAGAGCCAUGCUGACCUGGAACCUCAACCCCCAGCUAGACAACGAGGCCCUGUUCAGCUGUGAGGUCAAACACCCUGCUCUGUCCAUGCCCAUGCAGGCCGAGGUCACACUGGCUGCUCCCAGAGGACCGAGGCUGUCCAUGAGCCCCAGGAAGGCCAGGGUGGGAGAUGCAGUGCGGAUCACAGUCCAGGGCUUCCAGCUGGGGCCUUCUGCAAGCGAGGUCUUCCCUGAGCCCAUAUUCACCUGGACCAAGGUGGGUGGCCAUCUGCUGGAUGGCAGAGAGGAGCAUAACGGAAAGGAACUGAUCCUGGAGAGAGUUCCUGCUGAGCUCAAUGGGUCCAUGUUCCGGUGCACGGCCCAGAAUCCUCUGGGCUCCACAGAAACUCACACCCGCCUCAUGGUGUUUGAUAACCCGAGACUAAAGAAAGGAAGAGAACGUUUAAUUGCCAUGGACACGGCGGCCAGUCGGUGCUCCCUCUCACUAACCUUCAUGUUGCUGCUGCUGAGCUUCACCUGCGAGAUGACGUGACCACGGGCUCUGCUGCUCCUCCACACACCAGCACCCACAUCUACCUGAGGCCUCGGCUCAUAGUGACCCCACGGCAGAAGCCAAACCCCCCCUCAGCUGUCCCACCAGUGCUGAACAUUGAAGAUGCAGCAGGACUUCCCCUCUGGGAGAGACAUCAGACCCUGACAGUUAGCCACAGUGCAUCAUAUGCAUUAUACUGAGGAAAAGCAGGUUGUUACCUAUAAAAGUGAGCAGGGUUGACACCAGUGGCGGCUGGUGAAUUUUAUUGUAGGGGGGGCUGAAUAAAGAUUAUUUUUUUCACAUACAAACGAAGCAUUGUGGUGCAUUCUGACAAAAUAAUAAAGACAAAAUAGAACAUUUUCUAUUUUUAACAAGUUUUAACCUGCCUUGUAGAAUUUAGUAAGAUUAAGUGCAAAUACAUCAAUAGAAAUUGGGAAUUAUACACAAGUUAACAUUCUAACAAGUU